CGUCCUUCUCACUGCACACGGAAUCAACGCCCAGACCCGUAAGCCAUGGAGCAUCUUGUGCAAGGCUUCCAGGCCUUUUCCACUUCAACUGUCGUCCCUUCACAAGAGGAACAGCUACAGAGCCUGGGAGGCCCCUCACACGAGCUGGGAGGCUGCCAGGACAGCAAGGUGGAAGAACUACGGAUUCAGGCCGCCAAGGCCACCCCCUCAUUCCAGAUGCCAGACAAGCCGGCGUUCAAGUUCACCCCGUCUGUGGGGUCGUGGCUCCAGAGCAAGCCCCCUCAGGCAGAGGACGCCAAGGAGGCACCUACGUAUUGGACUCUGUGGCGCACAGAGGAGGGUAAAUUUUACUUCCACAACGAAGACACCGACAAGACCGCCUGGGAUCUUCCUCCUGGUGGCGUGGUCUAUUUGGACGAGGACGCGCUCUCCAUGUUCUUGGAGCAGGACCUCCGCCCGGGCACGGAGGAGAUCCUGGCGUGGCGACGGGGGUGGGGGCAGUGGUGCUCCCCGCCACCCUCGGCGGUUAUCCGGGACUCACGCACAGAGCGGUCGUUUUCGUACGAGACGAGUCUGGAGGCUGAUUCCGAGGUGGAGGAGUGGCUCUUUGGUGAUGCAGGCGGACACCUGGCUGGCGAUUUGGAUACGAACAGCUUGCCGGAUCAGAACGACCUCAAGUCCGAGGCAGAGGCCUCUUCCACCUCAACUGUCGUCCAGCUAGAGAGCCCGGGAGGCCCCUCACACGAGCUGGGAGGCUGCCAGGACAGCAAGGUGGAAGAACUACGGAUUCAGAUGCCGGAGAAGCCGGCGUUCAAGUUCACCCCGUCUGUGGGGUCGUGGCUCCAGAGGAAGCCCCCUCAGGUGGUGCCUAUGCAGGCAGAGGACGUCAAGGUGACAGACACGCGGCACAAGGAAUUCAAGGAGUUCUUGUGCGACGUCCCCGAGGAGGGCGUUUCGUGGUGGGACUGGCUUUGCGUUCUGGCUGCGUGACAGGGCUGCAUCCAGUAGCGCCGUUUCAGGGCUGCAGCUGGAUGUGCUCAAGUGUCAUUUUCUGUUGAGAAGAGACACCUGAAACAAAAUCGCCAUAUGGGGGGCCAGGUUGUACAUAUACGGGAGCUGGAGGGGUUGGGAGAGGGAAAAUGUCUCUCGCCAGCCCGUUGCGAAAUGCGUAGACAAAAAGGAACGGAACUUGCAUGUUCCAUGGUUCUUACUUGUUUGCGCUUAUGGCGCGUACA